UUCAGUGAGGUGCUGAUGGAGGAGUCCAUAGCAUGUUUCCAGAAAGCCCUAAAUUACCUUUGGGAAAUCUGGGAAUCAAUUGGGAUUCCAGAGGAUCAGAAACUGCAGAGAACUGAGGUUGUAAAGAAGCAUGUCAAGGAGCUGCUGGACAUGAUGAUUGCUGAGGAGGAGAGCCUGAAGGAGCGCCUCGUCAAGAGCAUCGCCAACUGUCAGAAGGAGCUGAACACCCUGUGCAGCGAGUUGCGUGUGGAGCCCUUUCAGGAAGAGGGCGAGACCACCAUCCUGCAGCUGGAGAAGGACCUGCGCACUCAGGUGGAGCUGAUGCGGAAGCAGAAGAAGGACAGGAAGCAGGAGCUAAAGCUGCUGCGGGAGCAGGACCAGGAGCUCUGCGAGAUCCUCUGCAUGCCGCCCCACGAGAUGGACAGCACCACCGUGCCCAGCCUGGAGGAGCUGAACCAGCUCCGGCAGCGCGUGGCCACCCUGAAGGAAACAAAGGCAUCCAGGCGGGAGGAGUUUGUCAGCCUGAAGAGGCAGAUCAUAGCAUGCAUGGAGGAGCUGGAACACGCCCCGGACACGAGCUUCGAGAGGGAUGUGGUGUGUGAGGAUGAAGAUGCCUUCUGCUUGUCUCUGGAGAAUAUUGCUACCCUGCAGAAGCUGCUGUGGCAGCUGGAAAUGCGGAAGUCACAGAAUGAAGCGGCAUGCGAGAACCUGAGGGCCCAGAUCCGAGAGCUGUGGGACAGGUUGGAAAUACCUGCUGAAGAGAGAGAAGCUGUGGCCACGGUCAUGACGGGGUCGAAGGCCAAAGUCAGGAAAGCGCUACAAUUAGAAGUGGAUCGGUUAGAAGAACUGAAAAUGCAAAAUAUGAAGAAAAUGAUUGAAGCCACGCGAGUGGAGCUGGCUCGGUACUGGGAGCAGUGUUUUUACAGCCAGGAGCAGAGAGAAGCCUUCACCCCGUACUACGCUGAAGACUACACGGAAAAUCUGCUCCAGCUCCACGAUGCAGAGAUCGUGCGGUUACGAAACUACUACGAGGUUCACAAGGAACUCUUCGAAGGGGUCCAGAAGUGGAAGGAGAGCUGGGAGCUGUUCCUAGAGUUUGAGAGAAAAGCUUCAGAUCCAAGUCGAUUCACAAACCGGGGAGGAAAUCUGCUGAAGGAGGAAAAGCAGCGAGUCAAGCUCCAGAAGACACUCCCAAAGCUGGAAGAGGAUCUGAAGGCCCGGAUUGAAAUGUGGGAACAGGAGCAUUCAAUGGCAUUUAUGGUGAAUGGGCAGAAAUUCGUGGAGUAUAUGGCGGAGCAGCAGGAGACGUACCGCCUGGCCAAGGAGCGAGCCAAACAGGAGCGGCAACUGAAGAACAAGCAGACAGACAGGCUCCUGUGCGGUACUCCCCGCACUCCCAGCAAGCGGCAAGGACUGGCACCCACCACGCCAAGCAAAGUACGCAAGCUGAACCCUGCCUCCAAUGCCAGCACCAUAAGCAGCAGUAACGGUCGACCUGUCUUUGGGGCAACCAUUUGCCACUCCCCCAUGACGCGACUUCCUCCUUCUGGCAGCAAGCCAGUCCUCACUUCCUCCUGUUCAGGGAAGAAGACGCCCCACGCCAGCCGGCUGGCAGCCAACAAGGAGAACAUAGAGGUCAAUGAGAGCAUCCUGAGUGGUGGGUACCCCAGCUCGGCCCCCCUGCAGUGCAACUUCAGCAUUAACUCUGUUGCCAGCACCUAUUCUCAGUUUGCGAAGAAUCCGUCCCUGUCUGACGGCUCCACUGUUGGGCUUCAGCGAGAACUCUCAAAGGCUUCCAUAUCUGAUGCUACUGCACGAGUCCUCAAUUCCACCAACAUCCAGCCCUGAGAAGGCGGUGGCUUCCUGUGCCAAGGCUGAACCUCAGCGUAGGGGCUUCGCUUUCCCUGCAGCUUUAGGACCUUCCCCGGGGCCUCCCUCCCAGGCCCCGGCCAGGUGGACCAGGGGAGUCCAUCUAGACGUAGUGUCAUCCCUAGAGACUUGGUUUUGUUUUUAUCUCAGAACUACAUUAAAGCGUUGUUUAUAGCUAUAAGUGCAAAUGCUACCUACCACAGGGACCCGAUUUCUCUACCCUGUAAUCACACCCGCUGAAGUCUGAUCAAGGUUUAGUGGAAGGAAAUGGUUAACUCUGUCCUGCCAUAGUGUGGAUGUGAAGUAACUUAGCCGUGACCGCCUUUGCUUAGGGAUGCCGGAGAAGAGCUGCAGCUGUGACAGCCUUGCACAAGGGGUGAAGGGACCAUGUGUCUGCGGUGGAUACGGCCUGGCCUACAGGCGGGAGGCUGGCUGCUCCCUUGCUGACUGCGUACAGUGCGGUGCCCUCUGUGGGAGCGUGUGUGAGAGCAAGCACACUCGGGUCUCUGUCCUCUAGAACCUGGUCCCUUCCCCCGGCCUGUGCCUGCUGUGCCUCAGUCCCACUGUCUCCCGUGGCUGCCAGCCAGGUGGGAGGCUGGCUGGCUAGCCUGGGCUGCAGCUGGCGCUGAAGUUUUGCACACGUCACUACUGAGGGGUCACUCCUGCUCCAGGACCAGGCUCCUCUGCCUCCCAUGUCCAUCACUACUGCUCCUGCUAAAGCACUAGUAUUUAUUCCCACCUGCCUGCACAGGGUGCUGGGGUGCUGCGGGCACAUUUGGGGGCUCCCCAGUGUCAACCACGCUGUCUAGUCCUAUGUAUAUGUGUACUGUUUGUUAAGUAUAAAUCUGUUCUAAAGAACUGUGUGUCCUUUCAUUUUCAAGAGCUGCACUAGAUCAAGAGUUUGGCCUAGUGGUUAAGAUGCCGAUACAGACCCCUGGGAGGUGCUGGUGAAGGUGGUUGGGUCUCUACUGCCCACGGGGAGAGGUGAAUCCCGUUCCUGACUCAGCACAGCCCGGCUGUGGGCAUUUGGAAAGGAACCAGUGGAUUGAGUUUUCUGUCAAAUAAAUCUU